CACACACACACACACACACACACACACACACACACACACACACACACACACACACACACACAAUACAGAAUGGGAUGUCACUUCCUGCUGCGGUGUCACAUUCAUCCUGUAAGUAUUUAAGGUUCCACAGCAGCUCCAGAGAUGUGCACCUGGGACCCCCGCAGACUGUUCCUCACACCCCCAAUGAGAGGCCUGCUGCAGUGAAGUGAAACUAACUCGUAUUUUCUGGAUAAAGAGAGCGGAUUUAACGCACGGAAAAUGUCAGGUAGGGAGGCCUUCGUCACCCUGGCAACCACAAACUCCUACUGCAUGGGAGCUACAGUGGUGGCCAGAAGUUUGCGGCGCCACGGGACGACUCGCAGCAUCGUUGUCAUGGUAACACCCAAUGUCUCAGAGCAGUCAAGGCUGGCCCUGCAGAGUGUCUUCGACGAGGUGAUCACCGUGGACGUGAUGGACAGUGAGGACCGUCUCAACCUGUCCCUGCUGGGACGUCCUGAGCUGGGCAUCACCUUCACCAAGAUCCACUGCUGGACUCUGACCCAGUACAGCAAGUGUGUGUUCCUGGAUGCCGACACACUGGUCCUGUGUAACGUGGACGAGCUGUUCCACAGAGACGAGCUGUCGGCGGCUCCGGACCCCGGCUGGCCCGACUGCUUCAACUCCGGGGUGUUUGUGUUCAGACCGUCCCUGCACACACACCACCGCCUCCUGGAGCACGCCCGGCAGCACGGCAGCUUCGAUGGAGGGGACCAGGGCCUUUUGAAUUCUUUCUUCAGCGGCUGGCCGGUGGAAGACAUCAGCAAACACCUGCCGUUCAUCUACAACCUCAGCGCCAGCUCCCUGUACAGCUACCUGCCCGCUUACCAACAGUUUGGCCACGAUGCAAAGAUUGUGCACUUCCUGGGAUCAGUGAAGCCCUGGAGCAGCAGCAGCCAGAGGGAGGGCGGCCACUCAAACAUGGAGCAGUUUUUGUCUCUGUGGUGGAGGGAAUACGGCAGCAACACGGAAUCAUCUGCAGCAGAGACGCCACAGCAGACCCAAAAGAAGGAAGCUAAGAUGCCAGUUGUGCUGAAGAUGAAAAAGAGAAAGGCCAAGUUGCCAGUGAAAGGAAAACUGGUCAACUCUGGUCCACUGCCAGCACAUCUUUCCCCGCUUCAAAAGGGGCUCCAUGCACCGCCUGACCCAGAGAGAGUCCAAAAGCGAAAAGCCAAAGUGCCAGGGAAAGAAACCUCAAACAUUUCGAAUUCAAAAUUGCCCACAAAUCUUCUCCCUCUUCAAAACGAGCUCCGUUUACCAUCCAACCCAGAGACAUCCCUUGUUCUGCAGGUCCAAAAGAGAAAAGCCAAGGUGCCAGGGAAAGAAAACUCUAACAUUUCAGAUUCACUGCCCGCAAAUCUUCCCCCGCUUCAAAACGAGCUCCGUUUACCAUCCGACCCAGAGACAGUAAGCCCAGAGACAAUCCAAAAGAGAGAAGCCAAGGCGCCAGUGAAAGAAAUCUUGGACAUUUCCGAUUCCCUACCAACGCCUCUUCCCCCGCUUCUUAACGUGUUCGAUUUACCGUCUGACACAGAGACAGGUUCUGAGGAAGAGUCCCCCCCCAAAAGGACCCAGACCCAGGACCUAGCUUCAGAGGAAGAGGAGCCUGAGGACAGCGAUGACCUCUCUGACAUUGAGGAACUUCCUAGGGCAGAGGAGACAGAGGCCGAGCGGCUGGAGCACCGCCAGCUGUGGGAGGCGGGCCAGGCCGACUACCUGGGGCGAGACGCCUUCAAGAACAUCCAGAAGAUGCUCGACCGCUUCCUGGACUAACUGCUCACACACAGGAACCACUCCGCAACCAAACACACCUGAGCCAGCGAUUAGUCUAGGCCCAGUGCUCAUAAUACAUGACUGAUUUAUGACUAACUAAUAAAGCAUUUUUGAAAUGUUGUGAAACACCAACAUCUCCACAUUGUGAGUGUUCCAAUGUUCAAUAGUGGGGAUUAUUUGUUUUGUUUUUGUGGAACUAAAUCCCAAUUUCCUACAGUCAUUUGAGUGAGAUAAACAGAAAACUGUCACAUGCAGACACACAGUGAGUGGAUUCUUCCAGCAGGGGGCACUGUGGCUCUUCUUCCAGAACGCUCCACCAUGGGGAGCAGGAAGACCUGAAGAGAUGCUGUGUGAUGCUGUGUGAUGCUUACCCAUCAUGGUGCAUGUCCUUUUCAUACGCUUUCUCCUAUGACAAGGCUCUAUAAGGCAACCUGACUCCCAUCCAUCAAGAGUAAAGUGGGAUAAGAUGCUGGUUUCUCCUGACCUCCUCAUCCAUUAAGCUCUGAAAAGGCAAAUAGAGUCCCUCCAGAUGCUGCUGGGAAUACUUAAGUUGACUUCUACAGAAGAAACUACAAUAUACAUGAAAAUGGUAAUGCUCAAGUUUGUCAAAAUAGUAUGUACCUUGAGUAAAUGUACCCAGUAGUUUGCUCUCAGGUUGAGUGUGAGACGUGUCACUGUAAUGAUCAGCUGGAGUCCACUCCUGUGUGUGUGAUUAGCAUAAAUAUGACCUGUCAGCCUCCUGCUGCUAAUUACAAGCAGGGGAGGACAAAGUGUGUCCUCACAUGCAGCACACUGAUACUGAUGAACCAUAGCUUCUAUAUAAUCACAGUAAUACUAUUGAAACCAGUACAGAAGUCAAGCUGCAGUUUGUUUAUGGAUCAACAAUAAACAAGUUGUUUUAAUGUGGGGGCAUUUCCUCAUGAUUAACCCCAAUUGCAGCAUUUUGAACUCCUUGUACAAACAAAGCUUUAAUACUAACAAACAUGUAUCUGUUCUACAACGUAGAGGCCUGAAGGGCCCUUUUGACCUAUAGUCCUCUCAGACCCUUUCUAACAAACCCUCUUUGACUCUCCCUCAGCACUUUGUCCCCAAGGGAGAAUCAACCAUUACUUUGAAAACUCAACUAAAUCGACAAUUCAAUGGAUCAUUCUAAAUGAUUAGCCGUGCUCGAGGGUAGGUUUGAUUGCCACUCCUCUGCUCUGCAGCUCUUAUGAUGUACGGCGCUUGGAAUCACUGAAGGCUGAGGAGAAGUAACCGAGGGCAUGUUUAAUGAUUAUUGAAUGCACCAUGAUUCGCAACAAGCUGAGGGAAAUGAUAUUGUACAGCCUGAAGCCAUGCUUGGGGCUCACCCAUGCUAAUGAUGUUCAGGUCUAAUGAUAAACAUGUCUUUUUUGUGCAUUAGCAUGCUCUGUUUGUUG